GCAGAAAAAUAUCGAUUUGCCAUAGACGAUAAAACGAAAAAAGUGUUCAGGAUAGAAAAGUUGUGUAAAAAUUUGUAAACGUUAGAAAAAUCCCAAAAAAUUUAAAUUAUUUACAGAAAAGACUUAAUAGGCAACAGUCGUUCAUUGCACAAUAAGAGAAAUUAAGGAAAAGUAUUUGAUACAAGAAAAAUAAGUCAAUUUUCAACAAAAUCUCAAGAAGAGGAGGUGAUUGAUUUUUUAUAUUGUAAUUUACGUUCCAGUUUGGCGUUUACCAAAAUUUCAGAAAUAUCUAAGGUCGUAAAUAGUUAAGAGGAAAAAAAUGGCCUUUGCCGGAUUAAAGAAACAGAUUAACAAAGCCAACCAGUAUGUAACGGAAAAAAUGGGUGGUGCCGAGGGCACCCGUUUGGAUGUUGAUUUCAUGGAGAUGGAGCGUAAGACAGAUGUAACUGUUGAACUGGUGGAGGAGUUGCAGGUGAAGACAAAAGAAUUUCUCCAGCCAAAUCCCACGGCCAGAGCCAAGAUGGCAGCCGUCAAGGGUAUUUCGAAAUUGUCUGGCCAAGCAAAAUCGAAUACGUAUCCUCAGCCUGAAGGUCUUUUGGCUGAUUGUAUGUUGACUUAUGGCAAAAAGUUGGGUGAAGACAAUAGUGUUUUUGCGCAAGCGCUAGUUGAGUUUGGUGAAGCGCUUCGCCAAAUGGCUGAUGUUAAAUACUCGCUGGACGACAAUAUUAAGCAGAACUUUUUGGAACCGCUGCAUCACCUGCAGAUGAAAGACCUCAAGGAGGUCAUGCACCAUCGCAAGAAGUUGCAAGGACGACGACUCGACUUCGACUGCAAACGUCGCCAGAAGGCAAAAGAUGAUGAAAUACGUGGGGCCGAGGAAAAGUUCGAAGAAUCGUUGCAUCUUGCCCAAAUGGGCAUGUUCAACUUACUCGAGAAUGAUACCGAGCAAGUUUCGCAACUCUGUACUUUCGCCGAGGCUCUUUACGAAUUCCACUCCCAAUGCGCAGAUGUUCUGCGCGGCCUUCAGGAGACGUUAGCUGAGAAGCGAGAAGAAGCCGAGUCGCGUCCCAAGCCGGAGUUUGUGCCCAAAUCCGUACUCGAUUUGAAUUUGGAUGCUUUGGGCAAUGACACGGAGAGCUCGGGCACACCAGCCCAUCACAGGAUCACUGGUGCGUCUCCGCUGCCAUCGCCCAUGCGUUCUCCUGCUAAAUCGAUGGCCUCAACACCGUCACGCCAGCAGAUGCAGCCCUAUUGCCAGGCUUUGUACGAUUUCGAGCCGCAAAACCCCGGCGAGUUGGGCUUUAAAGAGAAUGAAAUUAUCACUCUGCUGAAUCGCGUCGACGAUAAUUGGUUUGAGGGCUCACUCAACGGUCGCACUGGCUAUUUCCCACAAUCGUAUGUCCAAGUGGUGGUACCCCUACCCAAUGGCAAUUAAAUUGUCCCCAAUUCUCAAAACGAUAUAGCUGCAACAACUACAACAACAAAUAACCAGGAGGCUGAUGAUUUUAAUGAUUCACAUUUAAACGCAUAGAUUGAUCAAUCAAUAGAUAGAUGGAUGGAUGAUGCAAGAUUGAUGAAGAUGAUUUUUUAAGCUAAAAGUUAACCGUUGAAAAGAAAAGAUGAAAGAAAAAACAAACGUUUUGCCUUUAAUUGCCAUAAACAUGUCAUCAAGUUUAAAUUUUAUUUAUUUUAUUUAACAAUAUAUUUUUAUAAUUAUCUAAAAUCAAAAUUUAAUUAUUAGAUAGAUACAAAAUAAAACUGCUAGUUACAUAUAUACAUACAUAAAUAUUUUAAAACUGCUUGUUUAAAAAGUAAAAUAUAGAUAUUUUUUUUAAAUAAAAAUUUAAACAAAAACAUAAAAACCUAAAAGAAAUCAAAAAAUUCUUUACUCCUUUCUAUCUUUAUUAUAAAUGUGUGUUGUUUAAUUUUGUUAUUUAUUAUUAUAUUUAAAUUAUACUAUAUAUUAUAAUUAUUAAGGCUAAAAAUAAAUUAAAUUAAUACAAACAAAAAAUAAUAACAAACUAAAUUAUAUACAUGUAUAUUUAUUAAACUAUAUUUAUUAUUAUGAUUAUAACAAAUAAAAAAACAACUGAAAUAAAAAAAGAACUCUUUAAAUGAGUUUUUUAUAUAAAUAUAUAAAAAAAUAA